AUGGAAAAAGAUACAACGAAUAAUGAAGUUGAUAACUGGAUGGAAUGGCUAGAUGAAAAAGAAGAUAAAAGAGAAGAUAUAAAUUUAAAUUCAACUGAAGAUGAUAUAAUUAAAAAAAAUAUAUUACAAAAUAAUUUAGAUGAUAUUGCAGAUUUUUUAGACAUAAGUGAAAAUAAAAAAAUAAAAAAUACAGAAAAUGAAAAAGUAAGUAAAAAAAAAACGGUUGAAAAAAUUGUAACUUUAGAAAGUACACCUUUAAAUUCGGUAAAAGAUUGUGAAACCUUAGGUGAAAUUUUGGCUACUAGAAUAAAAAACUGCAAAGCUAAAAGUGUAGCAUUAGAAAGAUUUUUAUCAAUUAUUAUAGAAGCAUGUGAAAAUAAAUUAAAAGAUACAGAAUUAAAAAGUAUCAAUAAAAAAAUUGAAUCGUUUAUUAAUAAUAGAGAAAAAGGAAAAAGAUAUGCUUUAAUAAAUAAAAAAAAACCAAAUGAAAUUAAAAAUUCUAUUAAAAAUUAUGAAGACGAAGUUGACUUGAUAUAUGGUGAUUUAUCAUAUGAUGAAGAAGAUUAUGACGAGGAUGUUGCAGAGAAAUACUUUGAAAAUUUUUAA